UUGCUGUCAAAUUGACAGUUCGGAUUCACGGUUCGGUCGGUUUCUUGGUUUCUAAUUUCUAUUUAUUUUCCAUUUUUUAAAGGAAAGUGUAAGGAAAAUUGUAUAUAUAUUUACAAAACCUUUGUAUCUCACGUUAGUUCUCAGUAUAAAAGAGGUAGAAAGCAAUAUCAUGAUUCUUAUCGAUAUUUACGACAUGGCCGGUUGGUGGACAUUACUCAUCACUCUGCAAGUAAUAUUGGGUUCCGCGUAUUUUUUGUGGAGCAAGAAGUCAAAAAAGCAGUAUGACCCGCUUUGUAACGGCACUGCCGUGGAGUGGAAGCCACGGCCGCUGAUUGAGGAAGACGUGAUAGUGGAAGAGCCACCAACUGUUGGUAAAAUUGAUGAGAAUGUCCUUAAUGUUGGAGCUACUAGUUUCCUCUGCUUGGAGAAAGAGGAGUCAAUUAUGAACAGUGCCUUAAAUUCCCUGAGCAAGUACGGGGUCGGGUCCUGCGGCCCACGAGGGUUCUACGGAACUAUUGAUGUGCAUUUGGAACUGGAGGAGAGACUGGCUAAGUUCCUAGAGGUUGAGGAAACUUGUGUGUAUUCAUAUGGGUUCUCAACAAUAGCAAGUGCUAUUCCUGCUUAUGCUAAAAAGGGAGAUAUAAUUUUUGCAGAUGAAAAAGUCUGGUUCGCCAUACAAAAGGGGUUUGAUGCAGCUAGAAGCACAGUCAGAUACUUCAAACACAAUGACAUGGAGAACCUGGAGGAGAUGCUCAGUGCUGCCACCAGGAAGAAGGAACUGAACCCGAGACGGAGAGCAUUCCUCGUAGCAGAGGCCAUUUACUACAACACAGGAGAAAUGUGCCCUUUGAAGAGAAUUGUAGAACUUGCUAGAAAGUAUAAGCUGAGAAUCAUUUUGGAUGAAAGCUUGAGUAUUGGUGUCCUUGGCAAGCAUGGGCGAGGCAUCACAGAACAUCUGAAUGUUCCUCGAGAGGAGAUAGACCUGAUUGUGGGUUCUCUGGAGCACUCCUUUGCCACCAUUGGAGGAUUCUGUGCCGGCACGCACUACAUUGUGGAACACCAACGACUUUCCGGCUUAGGCUACUGCUUCAGCGCGUCCCUGCCUCCCAUGCUGACGCAGGCCGCGAUCAGCGCGCUGGACGUGCUGGAGGCGCGGCCCGCCAUGCUGCGAGAACUCGAGGCAUGCUCGAGAAAGUUGCACGCGGCCCUCUCAAAACUGAAACACUUCUCCGUGCGAGGCGACGAGCUAUCUCCCGUCAAACACCUGUAUCUCAAGAAAGAGGACCUGACCGACCGCUUGAAGCACAGCUACCUACGAAACGUAACCAACUAUUGCAUGGAAAAAGGCAUAGCUAUGUCUCUAGCCGCAUACUUACGCGAUGUAGAACACAGCUGCCCGGAACCGUCGAUAAGAAUGGCUUCGAGUAGGAAACUCAAUGAUGAAAAUAUAUCUCUCAUCUGUAACCUUUUGGACGAGGCGUAUGAAAACGUUGGACCGAAACCAGAAUUGCAAGCUAUUUGAUUGAGGUAAGGUUCCUUUUUUUCAAUGGUCUCUAAAGACCCGAUUUACACUUGACCAGAAUACUGUACCUGCUAUACUUAUUCUAGAAAGGUUAGUUACUUCACGAGUUCCAAUGUCAUAUCGAGAUUUUAACUUUAAAAUAUGGAAUAACAUAGUUUUAGGACCGCAUUGCAUUUUAAAAGAUACCUAAAAAUAAUUACUUUGUUUUUAAUAUUGUUAAGCUUGUUAUUGUUAUGAUAGCUUAGAUAUUGUUAUCCAUCUUGUUAUGAUGACACCAAUCAGCCUGAUAACUACAAUUAUAUAACUGUCGCAUGCUACACUAUCAGACAUUACAAAAAAAUAUUGCAUUUGUGCGAAAAGCCUGUGAAGUUGCUUCUUUUUUAGUGUUAAGGCUUGUUCAUGAAUCGAAUACCUAGUAUUACAUAUUUACACAAGUUACUCUCAGAUUUUACAUAUCAAGUUAAGUACAUAGCUUUUAUAACAGCCUACAUGUAAUAUUAACUAGAUAAUAGGUAAUUCAUGUUACAAUGGAAAACAAUGCAUUUCAUAUUUUUUUAAAGAGAUAGGUACUUACAAGAGUUUUUCAAUACAUUCCUAGCAAUUGCUUUGUACCAAAGGCGUUUAAGUCUGCGAAUCUAACUAGGUAUAAACACUAAAAACUAAAAUUACUUACGGCCUUCGUAUAAGUACAACAUACAUACAUACAUAAUAUGCUCACGACUGUAAUACCCGAAGGGGUAGUCAGAGCGAGAGUCGCGAGCCGUAUUGCCGUAUAAGUAUUUACAACUAGUUUGAAAAUAGCAUUGUUAUAAAUAAUAUUAUACUCGUAUGCGCGGAUUAUCUAUCUAAUUUACGUUAAUAAUUUUCUAUAAGGAGAAAGACAACAAUCUGAUAGAUAUCUGCUUAGUCACAAAGUAAAUCGGCUUAGUGUUCUUUUUUUUACUUAAGAUCUUAUCUUUAAUCAUAGAAAAUAUUUGUUAUAUUGCAAAACACUUAAACCUGAGUACAGCAGUAUACCAUAAUGUUAAUUGUUUUUUUUAAGUAUAACUAUUAAUUUAACGGUUAUUAAAGUGCCUUUUAAUAAUACAAAAUUUAAAUGACUACAGAUUUAUGUAAGUCAGAGUCGAAAAUAAGUUCUAGAAUAUAUUUUUUAUUGAAUUUGUUAAAUAAGUACAGUAAAAAUCAAGCAACGUUCAUUAUGUUUACAAUGUGCUUAUGUGUUAUAAACUUUACUUAUGGAACACCACUCGAAAUAUUAUGUUUUACAUUAUUAUGAAUCAUGCCAGCACACUACUAGGAUUAAGUACAUUGUUAUAUUGUCCUAUGAAUAAAUGUAUUAAUAUUUUAUCAAAUA